AGCCUCGCGCAGCCGUUGUCAACACAGCUGCGGAAGUAGCAUGAAGCUAACCGGCCAAACGGGAAAUAACCACUAAACUACGACUCGCACGGCAUUAACUACCACUUGUAUCUGGUCAAAUAAGAACGGCUCGGUUUGUUAAUGGAGACGCAUACGGGCUAACCGAUUCAUCAGCGGUUGGUCACUCAGCUGUUGUCUGGCAGAGGUAAACACAGAGGGGGUCUCAUCCAUCAGAUCAUCAUCAUCAUCAUCAGAUUCUUCCAGUAUCUCCUCAAGAUGCAUGACGCCUAUGAACCAGUGCCUAUUCUGGAAAAGCUGCCUCUUCAGAUCGACUGUCUUGCGGCCUGGGAGGACUGGCUGCUUGUAGGAACCAAACCAGGCCACCUCCUCCUCUACAGAAUAAAAAAGGAUGCAGGAACCAACCGGUUUGAAGUGACGCUGGAAAAAUCCAACAAGAACUUCUCCAAAAAGAUUCAGCAGCUUUAUGUCGUGUCACAGUACAAAAUUCUCGUCAGUCUCUUAGAAAACAACAUCCACGUCCAUGACCUUCUGACAUUUCAGCAGAUCACUGUGGUGUCCAAGGCCAAGGGAGCCACGCUGUUCGCAUGUGACCUACAGCUAACCAGCUCCGGAGAGGAAAGGCUGAGGAUGUGUGUCGCCGUGAAGAAGAAGCUCCAGAUGUAUUACUGGAAGGACAGGGAGUUCCACGAGCUGCAGGGGGACUUUGGUGCACCAGAUAUUCCAAAGUCCAUGGCUUGGUGUGAAAACUCCAUCUGUGUUGGUUUCAAGCGGGACUAUUACCUCAUCCGGAUGGAUGGCCGUGGCUCCAUCAAGGAACUCUUUCCCACCGGGAAACAGUUGGAGCCUCUGGUUGCCCCACUGGCUGAUGGGAAGGUGGCCGUUGGGCAGGACGACCUAACCGUGGUGUUGAAUGAAGAGGGAACCUGCACCCAGAAGUGUGCGCUGAACUGGACGGAUAUCCCUAUAGCAAUGGAGCAUCAGCCUCCGUACAUCAUCGCCGUUCUGCCUCGGUACGUGGAGAUCCGGACCUUCGAGCCAAGGCUGCUGGUGCAGAGCGUGGAGCUGCAGAGACCACGAUUCAUUACAUCAGCAGGGCCAAAUAUCGUGUACGUUGCCAGUAACCACUUUGUGUGGCGUCUGGUGCCGGUGUCGAUAGCCAGCCAGAUCCGGCAGCUUCUUCAGGACAAGCAGUUUGAGCUGGCUCUUCAGCUGGCGAAGAUGAAGGAUGAUUCAGACGGCGACAAGAAGCAGCAGAUCCAUCACAUCCAGAACCUCUACGCCUUCAACCUGUUCUGCCAGAAGAGGUUUGACGACUCCAUGCAGGUGUUCGCUAAACUGGGCACAGAUCCCACUCAUGUGAUUGGGCUGUAUCCAGACCUGCUGCCUUCAGACUACCGUAAACAGCUGCAAUACCCAAACCCUCUGCCCACCCUGUCUGGAGCUGAACUGGAGAAGGCCCACCUGGCCCUCAUCGAUUACCUCACACAGAAACGGAGCCACCUGGUCAAACAGCUGAAUGACUCCGACCCGUCUACGACGUCUCCGCUCAUGGAGGGAACGCCGACCAUUAAGAGUCGCAAAAAACUCCUGCAGAUCAUCGACACAACCCUGCUCAAAUGUUACCUACAUACAAACGUGGCCCUCGUGUCCCCCCUCCUCCGUCUGGAAAACAACCACUGCCACAUCGAGGAGAGCGAGUACGUCCUAAAGAAGGCCCACAAGUACAGUGAACUCAUCAUCCUCUAUGAGAAGAAGGGUCUGCACCAGAAAGGUCGAGUUGAUAACAAUCAAUCACCUGAACAGAUUCACACUGUGUGGACAAAAACAUUUAGAUUUAGGGGAACUUCACAGAGUCAGUUCCACGUGGAUAAAGACUGCAUGAAGGUUUUUGGCUUUAGCUUUCAGAUCAGUUUAUGCCAAACCAAACCCACCAGCACCCUCCUCAGUACCACCCAGUUCCAGUACCAGGAGCAGGACCGCCGUGAGCCUUUCUGGUCAGACUCAGUAUUUGUGGGUUUGUGA